UUGCCAUGGAUACAGUCAACCGGAGUACUGAACAGUAAAAGAAGGAUUUGAUUUGAUUUCUCUGAGACGACCGCUUGAGUUAAAAAAAACGGCUUCCAGGUCUGUACGUGUGUCCAGAAGAUACAGUGGAGGACACUGCAGAGUGAGAACAGACGGAGCAGCCAUGUCUCAUGGAUGGGGAUACGGACCGAGUGACGGACCUGAAAAGUGGGGAGAUGAUUAUCCUGUCGCUAACGGGCCGAGACAGUCUCCCAUCAACGUGGUCCCCAGGGAGGCCCAGUACGACGCCUCUCUGAAGGCUCUGAAGCUCCGCUACGACCCCUCCAACUCCAGGGGCAUCCUGAACAACGGACACUCCUUCCAGGUGGACUUUGUUGACGAUACAGACAGCUCCACUCUGACCGGUGGUCCUAUUUCUGGAACGUACCGUUUGAAGCAGUUUCAUUUCCACUGGGGAGCCAGUGAUGACAGAGGCUCAGAGCACACCGUCAACGGCAUCAAGUUCCCCUGUGAGCUUCACCUGGUGCACUGGAACACAAAGUACCCAAGCUUUGGAGAGGCAGCCAGUCAGCCUGAUGGACUCGCUGUGGUCGGCGUCUUUCUGAAGAUUGGUGCUGCCAACCCCAGGCUGCAGAAAGUUCUGGAUGCUUUGGAUGCCAUCAAGUCCAAGGGCAAGCAAACAACCUUUGCAAACUUUGACGCAAAGACUCUUCUUCCUCAGUCCCUGGAUUACUGGACCUACGACGGCUCUCUGACCACGCCCCCUCUGUUGGAGAGCGUCACCUGGAUUGUCCUGAAGGAGCCAGUCAGUGUCAGCCCUGCACAGAUGGCCAUGUUCCGCAGCCUCCUGUUCUCUGGAGACGGAGAAGCUCCAUGCUGGAUGGUGGACAACUACCGGCCUCCUCAGCCUCUGAAGGGCCGGCAGGUCCGUGCCUCCUUCAAAUAAACCUCAUCUAGUCUUCAAAGCGUCCCCCGCCCACUAACCCUGUCCGUCCCUUAUUUCUCCAACCUUCUCGCUUUUGUUGUUCUGCAGAUGCAGUGUUUCCUUAGCUCAUAAUUACUUUCUAUAACUUCUGUCACAUAGUCUACAGGUGGCGUCAAUUCAAGAGCUUCUUAAAGUGCUUUUUAAACUUUGAUAUUAUUGAGACACUGUUUCAGUGUCGGUCACACAGGUCUUAUCUUAUUAUGAGCUAUACGUUUGUUUUAUUUCAUUUAAGGCCGUGACUCACCUGACCACAGCGACAGGUACAACUGUCCGUCUUUUAGCUAAGAAUAUAAAAAGGAUUUGAAUCUCUCGGUCAGCUUCCUGAAGCUCCUCUAUGCAUUUCUUUGUAUCAUGGAUUGUGCCAUAGACGGCUCGUCAGACUGUGGAGGCCAGUGUUCAGAUUGAUACAGACCGUCCACACUGAGAUCUGACCUGAUGUUUUCAGCGGUAACUAUUAGUCCUAUAAGUAAGUCAGGCACUUUGGCCUCCACUCUCCAGCUGUCAUUUCUAUGCAAAGUAGAUAGUUGAUUUAGAAUCACCUCGUCGUGAUGGCGAUGCUGUUGAAGGCUCCGGUAUGUUGUGCAGCAGUUUUUUUAUUUGGCAGAAGGUUGUGUCCAUGACGUGAGUGACUAAAAGAAGAUGUUUUCACCUGUUCCCUCUCUCAACUUGUCAAAAGGUGCAUUUCAACCAAGAGUUCCAGGGUCUUUUAGCCCCCAGAACUACUUUUCCCCUGAACUAAAAGGUUCCUGUGCCUCCAUUGUUGUCUGCGUUUCGACCGCGAGCUGAAGUCCCGGGUAGAUAUUUUGAAAUCUUAAUAAAAACUAAACUAGUUUGCAUUCCCAGGAACUCCCUCUGUGUUUCAACAACUGUGUAAACUCCACCAACAUUGACACGUUCAACCGAAAGUCCCAGGACCUUUGAAAAGUACAACACCCCAAGCAGGGGGUUUUUAGGGGGAAGAUUAUCUACCCCUGAACCAAAUUUAGACCCUGGUUCCUCCAGUUGUAACACACCUAAUUCAGGGGUAAAGUCCUUAGUUCCAGGGUAAAGUUCCUGCGGUCGAAAAGUGCCUAAACAUGGCAGCUUCAUCAGAGACCCAACGCUACCUUAUGGGACCCUUCAGGUUCUGCUUUGACCUCAGAACCGGCUGUCCUCUCCAGCUUAUUGUUAUCUGUUGAAUCAGGUAGAGUAAAGAAAGUAAAAGCUAGCAUGGGAUGGUGGCCUGAGGUCAUGCAGAGGUCAAUAUGUAGUACUUUAAUAACAUGGUAUGUUAGUUUAGAAUUAAUGCAUAACAUUGAACACAACAUUUUUUGGGAGGCUCCAAAACUCACAGAAUCUAGAACAUUUAGCAGCAGACUUCAAGUAAAGUCUAACCGUGUCUUUCCUCUAUUGUUUCUAACCUGACUCAUUACUUUGUUGAGUCUUAUGACAUGUUUUAUAAAUAUUAAAACCAUCUCUUGCUAAAUUGUCACUUGGCCUGUGACGUCUUGAAGCAUACAGCUGCUGUGUAAGAAGUUGAGAUUGGGAACUCUUCCUGGUCCGUCCUAAGUUCUGGGUUCAGAGAGCUUUUGUUUCUGUUUGUUGCUCUACAGUUUAAAUGUCACUCCAUGUUUUAAAAACGAUGAGCUGCCUAUCACCACAGUGCAUUAAACAGUGAAGACUCAUGUGGGAGAGAGAGUUGUCAUGUUGGAAAGACUUGAUGAUUAUGAUUCAUAAGAGACCAUCACAAUGUAACUUUUCUAGCUUUUAUAUGAAUAUCAUUAUAAUGUUAUGAAGAACAGCUCUCAGACUGUUGCUGUAAGAAGAACAGCAGUAACCCUUUAAAGUACAGAUCCAUAGUUUUGUGUGAAGAAAUGUUAUUCAUGGAAAAGACUUGUGUCAAUAAAAACUCAUAUAUAAUCUAA